AUGCGUGUGCCCACACCCAUGAGUGCUUGUCAAUUAAAGGCUGUCACAGGGACUCCAGAAAAACCUACGAUGCAGUUUCAAGGAAAACUAAAAUUCCUGUUUGGGCAGAAGAAGAAGGCGCCGUCGGGCACUGUCCUGCCCCCUCGGCUGUCGCUGUUCUGCAUCGUGGCACCGGUUCUCCUGCCUUCCAUGGCAGAGACGACCAUGAAGAGCACGUUCCUGAGGGCGAGGCAUAGGGCAGACCCCACAGCCCCACCAGGCACGAGAGCAAAAGCUACCACAAGUCUGUGUGAAUCUGAAUUGCACGGAAAACCCAAUUACUUAGCAGGAAAGAGCGGCGGAGGGAACGGCAUCUCAGUAUAUGGGGCGCAAACGGACACUGGACGCUGGCCCCGGGGUCCAGCCAGGGCCCCGUGCCUGUGCUUCAGGGGUGGCCCCAAACUCGUCCUCGACCCCGAGGGGGCUGCAGGGGACCAGGAAGAAGAGGAGCAGGAGAGGCCCCUGAGCUGCUCCUCUGGAGUGAGGGGCUGGAGGGAGACGCACAUGUACAAUUGCCGCUUUGAGACACUGGGACCGACAAGGUAUCUGAGCUGGACGGCAGAGAAGUGCUGUCAGGAUGGCAGUGUCACACGGAAGCUGCAGCCCAGUAAGUGCAACCUGUUCUCCAUGUGUGCCACACCCCGGGGCUCCUGCACACCCUACCCAGGUGUCCAGGGCACUUUCAAUGCCAGCAGCAUCACUGUGUUCAGAAAUUCACCCCUGUCCCACCCACCAGGCCAGCCCCCCAGCGUCUACUCCAGCCGGACGAGCAGGCCCACGAGGGAUGGUGCUCAGGGCCAGGUGCACCCUCCUGCUUGCCACUUCCCCCAGGGGAGCCUGGAGAACCGGCUGCCUGAACCUGGAGCUCAGUGUUUCACAGCGGGGGUCUAUUCCACCGAGGAUGCGAAACUGAGAAGCCUGCAGACGCCUCUGGGAGCCCCGUGCAAUCCAAUGCUGCCACUAGAUGUGCCUAUCAAAAUGGAAAAUGACUCUGGGUCCGAGGACACAGCAGAUGGCUACAGCAGUAGCCAGGUGUGGCUGGGGGCCAGUGAUGUGGCCAGGAAGCAUCUGGUUGCUUUCCCUAGCAGGAUGCACCUGAAAACAGAGCCAGAUUCCAGAUGCCAGCUCUACAUGCCACAACUUGGGCACAGCGUGCUAGGGGCUCCCCCGCAUGGCAGGGCCACUGCUGGGCCUAGCAGGGAGCUGGCCCCAUUCUACCCCACACAGUGCACCUGCCUGGAGUGCAUGCAUGGGCUUCCUGAGCCAGAACCUCCCCACCACCUCUGCACGCAGGGCUGUGGCGAGCACCAGCCUUCCACUCUGGGCUGUGACUGCAGAGCUCCCGGGGCCACCCCCAUGGUCAAGCAAGAGCCCCUGGACUCGCCCCCGUGGGCCACCCACAGCCAGAGGGGGGUGCCUGGGAUGUUCCGUAAAAGUGCUUUGGGGACUUUGAUCCCACCAAAAGCCCCUGAGUGUGCCUUCCUGCUGUAG